GAAGCCCACGGUGCUUGUUGAUAAGCUACGUGGUUCGAUUGCCCCCGCAUAUCAGCAUAUUUUGUUGUCAGUGUUGCUCAGUUGUGGAUUAUAAUAAAAUUAAGAAUGUCAGUACCGCUGCUGGAGGUGCGCGGCCUUCGUCGCGACGUGGGCGAGCGCACCAUCUUGCAGAACAUCAGCUUCAGCCUGGACGAGGGCCAGGUGCUGUUCGUGCGCGGGCCCAGCGGUGUGGGCAAGUCGCUGCUGCUGCGUGCGCUGGCGUGCCUGGACCAUGCGCAGGCCGGCACGCUCCUGCUGCACGGCAGCCCGCCCGCCGCCGUGGGCUACCCCGCCUGGCGCACCGCUGUGGCCUACGUGCCCCAGAGCCGCGCCACCAGCCUGCGCGGCACACCCGCGGAGUCCUACUUCGCAGCCCAGCGCUUCGCGGCGCAGCGGGGCCGGCCGCGCGGCGACCUGCCGGCCCUGGUGGCGGCACUGGGUCUGGAGCAGGGCGUGCUGCACCAGCAGUGGGGCGAGCUGUCGGGCGGCCAGGCUCAGCGUGUGGCUCUGGCCAUCAGUGUGGCUCUGGGCCCGCAGGUGCUGCUGCUGGACGAGCCCACCUCGGCAUGCGACCUGGAGGCGGCGCUCAGGGUGGAGCGGGUUCUCGUCACGUGCGGCGCGGCGCUGGUGUGGGCGUCCCACGACCCCGCCCAGGCGGAGAGGGUGGGCGGGCGCCUUCUGGAGCUGCCGCUGGCCAACAUCACACACCUGCCCCCGCCGCAGCACCCACACCCGCUGCAGCUGCAGGGCGGCGGCGUCACGGGGGCGGCUGGCUCAGGCCCCGGGGCCGCAGCGGCGCUGGGCGGGGGCGCGGCAGGUGCCGCUGCUGCUGGAGGGAGCGGCGGCGCACACCAUCAGCACCAGCACCCGCACCCUGCACCUGCGGGCGCCGCCGGCCCGGCUCAGCUGCUGCGUGGCGACGUGCCGUUUUUCCCGGACGAGGGCGAGGGCGAGGGCGAGUCGCUUUCGGCACUGCUGUCGCCGCCCUUCUCGCCACCGCCGGAGCCGCAGCAGCAGUCGCUGCAGCAGUCGCUGCAGCAGUCGCUGCGGCCGCCCGCGGUGGCGGCGGCGGCCCGCGGCGUGCCCUGAGCCGAGUGCCGCCGGGCAUGUGCUCCUGCCAAGUGGUCAGACGACGAUGAGGACCACAGGACCGUGAGGGCGCCUCACUGCCGCAUGUGUGUGGACGUGUGGGUGGGCCCGGUGCGUAGUGCGUUCAGCGCAUGUCCACAGCGCCGGACUGCGGCCGCCGCUCCGCACCACAACGGCGUGAAGCGGGCCACCCGCCACCGCCACAACCGCCACCACUGCCACCACCGCCACCAGCCACCAGCAGCAGUGCCAUGCAUCACCGCGACGGGUGCGCUUCGGUCAUGGGGCGUGCGGCAGCCUCGUGCGGGCGUGAAGAUGCUUGCCAUCAACACGCAUACGUACACACAUACGCACUCAACGGCGCCGCGUGCAGCAUGCAGCCGCCUCGCCACGGCGCAGGUCGCCUGCGGACUCGGGGCGUUUAAUGGGCGUCGGCGGCCGCCGUGACCCCCCGCCACCCGCCACCCGCGGCUGCCCACCGCGGCCUCACCCGUGGUCACUGAUGGCGCCAGACGACAGCAUAUGCACUAGCUACUGCCGCCCCCGCCACAUGCUCACACUGGGCAGAGGGAGGGCUGGCGGCUGCAGCUGCGCCUCGCGUGCCUGGCCAGAGCGGCUGGUGCAAGGCGCUGCCGGACAGCCCGAUUUCGCAGCGUUGAGACGUGCGUUGAGACCUGAGGUGGCAAGUGCUGGCGUCACGAACUGUAUAGUGAUGCGAUGCCGGUGGAGUUUGAUUGGUGGAUUCAGUCAGCCCUGUGAGCGAGGGUGAGCGAGAGCUCUGUCGAGGUGUACGCGGCGGUGCAGGCUUGCAGCCCGCCAGAAGGCGGGUUGAGGGUUCUUGUUUCGGGACUUGUUAUUAUGUAAUUCCAGAGUGCUUUUCAUUUGUUGUGGAUGCACUGAAGGUGUAGGUGGGAGCGCAAGCGCCACCAAACUUCGUGGUCGUUUCGUUUUUCGCACGACAAGACUGUCGAUUUUUGCCAGGGUCGGCGGUAUGGCCCUGUAAAUGGCUAUAAUG